UUAGUCGCUGAGGAAGAGAGUGAAAUAUACCACCUGUUAGGCUAAGCAUAUGGCUGUAGUCUUAUUUUAAUUUUUGGUAAAGAAAACACUUGAUUUAGUGUAAUACCUCACUUACAGGAUGUCUUCACCACAACUUCCAUUGGCGCGUCCGCGCGUGGCGUCACCAUGGGAGAUAGACAAGCCACAACCAGAGCCAGGGAGCCUUGAAGGUUCUCUUCUCCAACUUAUUCAGGAUCACCAUCAAACCUCUCUCCGUCUUCGUGAAAACACUGAGAAGGCAAAGAAAGAUGCGAUUAGGAAGGCAGCGAAAGUAUCAGGUCUUUUGAUGGAUGCAGUAAAUGGCGGUGUACAAGAGUCUUUUAUCAACGAGAAACGAAUUGAAUUCGAGAUUCGAGCUUUGGCUGCUACUGUUUCCCGUUUCAUGAGGCAAACAGAUCACUGGCUUACUGCUACUCAUGCUAUUAAUACUGCAAUUAAGGAAAUUGGGGAUUUUGAGAAUUGGUUGAAGACCAUGGAAUUUGAUUGUAAAAGCAUAAAUGCAGCAAUUCGCACCAUUCACCAAUAAUAAUGGGCUAGUAGCAUCUAGUGGAGAGAGAUUGUCAUCACUGCCUGUGGUCGGACAAUCAGAUUUUAGUGAUGUUGCUAGUGCUGAAUCAAUGUUGGUCUCAUUGUAGAGUCUGCCCCGGAACAUCAAGCACCUGGCUUGGCCUAUUGUGUGAGAUCCUACUCAUGAAAUGCAUCUAUACAUCAGUUUUCAACAAAACUAAAUUUCAAGGUAAUGCUAUAAAAUUUUGAAUCAUUAGAUAUAUCCAUUCUACCAGCAAGUGCAACCAUUUCUUUGGCAGUGAAUCCUUUGCGUGAUAAGGCAGAUAUAAGGUCACUGAGAUCCAUUAGUGGGGAUGGAAGAUCUGUGUUUGCAGCAUCAUAACUUGCAGUGGUGGAGUCUCUUCUGCCCAACUCAACUUGCCAUGAGGGACCACCCAACUGGACAGCCAAUUGUGAGUAUUAAUCAGAGAAAUGAUUGAUAGCAUGCCUCAUGGGUAAGAGAUAUGCUCUUUACUUACAGCAACAACUGAGUCUCGAGCAGCAACAGCAAGAAUAUCAGCACAAGAAACUACACCAGGGCAAAUGGAUUCGACUUGUGAUUUAAUAGUGUCAAUCACAUCAAAACCUCUCAGAGAAUUUGCAUUUGGGCCUGCAGUCUUCUCUCCAGUGAAACUUGGUGAGAUGUCAUCUAAUAAGACUGAUGCAUCGCAUCCCUGUUCAAGGCAAUACACAAUUUCGUCAAAAUAACAUAUAAAAGAGAAGAGGGCUAAAGGGUCAACUUGACUCGGAAAGCAUUUUCUAAGGUUAAAUUCACUCCAAAAUCAAAUUUUCUUGGUUAAUUUACAUCGCAACUUUUUAUUUGUGGUGUAAUUUGCCCCAAUUCGAUCAUAAAUGUCGCCGGAUCAGAAUGAAUAUUCUUUUCGGAAUGAAGCUCAUAAAGUGGGAAAUUCAUCCUUA